ACGGGGAAAGCUUUAAAGAAAAUCCAUUAGCUUUUUAUGAAUCACCGAGCCUCCCGGUUUGAGGCGCAAAAAAAAACGUUGCUCACAUUGAGUUUUAUUGAUGAAUGGAGGUGAAAGCCGCUCAGCCAGAAGCUUGUGGAGGACAAGUUAGGCUACAGAUAACACACAUUAGCUUUGAUGCAGAGACGCUCCAGUUACUGAUAUUGGACCAGGGUGAGAAGAAAGAGAACCCUAUGCGUGAGCUCCGCAUCAGAAAGCUCUGUAUGAAUAUAUGUGUUGGUGAAAGUGGUGAUCGACUUACUCGAGCCGCCAAAGUGCUUGAGCAGCUCACUGGCCAAACCCCUGUCUUCUCCAAAGCUCGCUACACUGUGAGAUCUUUUGGUAUCAGGAGAAAUGAAAAAAUUGCUGUUCACUGCACAGUCCGUGGUGCCAAAGCCGAGGAGAUCCUGGAGAAAGGCCUUAAAGUUCGUGAAUAUGAGCUGAGGAAAAACAACUUCUCAGAUACUGGCAACUUUGGUUUUGGUAUUCAGGAGCACAUUGAUUUGGGCAUUAAGUAUGAUCCAAGCAUUGGUAUCUAUGGUUUGGACUUCUAUGUGAUUUCCAGCAUCCGCAGUAUUUUGCUUUUACAAAGCCUUCUGUUCCCAGGUCUCUCAGCCCUGCUGUCUGUAAAGUUCUGGGAAGACCAGGCUUCAGCAUCGCUGACAAGAAGCGUAAACGUGGUCGCAUUGGAGCCAAACACAGGAUCAACAAGGAGGAGGCUAUGCGUUGGUUCCAACAGAAGUACGAUGGUAUCAUUCUCCCAGGAAAAUAAAAAUGUUCUGUAACUAUCAGUAAUAAAAGGAUCUGAUCCAUAACUCUAUUCUGUUUUAGUCCAUUGGUAGUUACCUCGUUAUUGUAACUUGGAUUUAGACAAAGACAACUGUUAAUUGUACUGCUGGUUUACACUACAUUCUGAUUCUGUACUGAAUUGUCAUUUGACAAAGUUUGUCAUGUCCAGUGAUGAGUUUACCACAUUUAAUGAUUUUAGGCCUUUUUGUGAUAUUACUAUUUGAUAUGUACUCUAUUUAUCUGUAGACUCAAGAAUCUUGAUGCCAUGAAUGGAACAAGAGCUAAUUGGUGUGAAUCACCCCAUUAUAGACCCAUAUUUGCUCAAUUGCCCUAAAAUCUUCCUAUUCCUUUUAAUUGUGUCUUUUUUUUUGUGAGAAUCACAAGACUAUUGUUUAAUAUUUCAACCAAAUGCUGAUUCUUCAGAUGUAAGCCUGAACAUUAGAUUAAACCUUCCAAUUGUGCGUCCUCAAUAGCAUUUCAACCAUCAGGAGCAAGAAAUCUUGGGCUUUGCAUAUGUGAUUUCCUGUUUAGUGCUAUUGUGGAAAGCUGUGCCCCAUGAAUUCAUGAUCAGGAAAGUUUUCUUUUAUUGUCAACUGGCAAUUCUGCAGUGAAGAGCAUUAUGGCUGGAGCCCUAUCUUCAAACUAUUGACUCGAGGCAAAAAGUUGAUUGGGACCUCCCCCAGUGGUUAGCUGUAGUGUCCCACUGUCUAAAAGCUGGCUUAUUUGAAGAUAUGACAAAUGAGCUGCAUCCAGGAAUCAAUAGCACAAAAGUAAGGAGGAAAUUAUCACAGAAGGAAAAAUAAUAAAGCUGGUGGAUACCAAUGAUGCAGACUACCUUGUCAGCCAAGUGUUUAGAUUGAGUCUCCACCCCAAGGAUGGUUGUUUCUGAGAAUGAGGGAAGAAGCUGUUUGUAUGUGGGAUGGAGAUCCUGCAUCACAGCACUCUGUCCAGGUAGUCUGCACUUUUUAUGUUGAGCUGCUCCCCACCGCCCCCCCCCCAUCUUUUUUCUACCAUGUUCCUGAAUUGCUCUCCUUUGCCAGAUUUUAGUGGUUCCAUUUCUAUAUCUUUGUGUCUGUAUCUUUUACUUGAUUUACUCAUAAUGUUUCCUUUUGUCCCGUUAUCACUUCUAACUUUGGUGUAUUGUAAUAUUUUCCCUUUUCAGAUUUAAAAGAAAGAUAUGUUUAUCAGUAUUUUCUUCCAGUUUUGAUAAAGGGUCCACAGCCAAAAUAUUAAUUAUGCCGUUCUGUCCACAAAUAUUCCUUGUCCUGCUGAGGGCUUCUAGCAAUUUUGUUUUUGUUUAUAUAACCAUUCUCAUUCAUUUUUGCAUCUACAGAGAAAUACGUAGAAUACUUUCAUUUCAAUGUGUUGGUUGAACUACUUUGGGGAUAUUUUAUUACGUUGUGUAAAACCUUAUGACUGCAGGAUAGUGACAAACAAUAAAUGCACCAUAUUUAUGACAAACACAAAUGCACCAUAUUUACUAUUUAUAUAUUUUUAUUCACAUAAAUAGUAAUUCAUAUCUUCUCAUGACAGUCAGUAUGCAAGGAACCUGACACAUUUCUGCAAUUUUCUUUUAAAUUGAACAGCCCUUUUUGUUACUUUCUCUAUCCUUCAAAAAAAAAUUCUAUUAACUUUAGCCGCCAGCCUGUCUACUGUGUUAUACAAGGAGUGGUAUUAACUCCUUGUCUGUCUGUCUCUCUCGCUCUCUUUCUUUUCACUGGGCUAGUAGAAUUCAAAUAAAUGCAAACUUGAUCCGA